UGGUUAAAGCGAACAAUGGCCAGUAAUCACAAGUCUUCAGCCCCUCGCCCUAUUUCUCGGGGCGGCAUAGGGUUAACAGGAAGACCUCCUUCUGGAAUAAGACCCCCAUCUGGGAGUGUCCGAGUGGCAAGCGCAAUGCCGCCACCAUCAGCACGACCAGGUUCCCGUGGCGGCCCCCUGGGGACUGGUGGAGUUCUGUCCUCUCAGAUCAGAGUUGCUGAUCGUCCUGUGACCCAGCAAGGUUUGAGUGGAAUGAAAACUGGGAUGAAAGGUCCCCAGAGGCAAAUUUUAGACAAAUCUUACUAUCUUGGACUUCUUAGGAGCAAAAUAAGUGAACUUACAACUGAAAUUAAUAAACUUCAGAAAGAGAUAGAAAUGUACAACCAAGAAAAUUCAGUCUACUUGUCAUAUGAAAAGAGGGCAGAGACAUUAGCUGUUGAAAUUAAGGAGUUUCAAGGACAACUAGCAGACUACAACAUGUUGGUAGAUAAACUUAAUACCAAUACUGAGAUGGAAGAAGUAAUGAAUGAUUACAACAUGCUUAAAGCUCAAAAUGAUCGAGAAACACAAAGUAUGGAUGUCAUAUUUACUGACAGACAAGCGAAGGAAAAACAAAUCAGAAGUGUAGAAGAAGAAGUUGAACAAGAAAAGCAAGCAGCGGAUGGCAUUAUCAAAAAUAUGUCUCCUGAAAAACAAGUCAAAUACAUAGAAAUGAAAACCACAAACGAGAAACUGUUGCAGGAAUUAGAUACACUUCAGCAACAACUGGAUUCAUUGAACAUAAAGAAGGAGAGCCUAGAAACUGAAAUAGCCCACUCGCAGGUAAAGCAGGAGGCUGUGCUGCUCCAUGAGAAGCUUUAUGAGUUGGAGUCCCACCGUGAUCAGAUGAUUGCCGAAGACAAAAGCAUGGGGUCCCCGAUGCAGGAGAGGGAACGGCUGCUUAAGCAGGUUAAAGAAGAUAAUCAGGAAAUAGCCAGCAUGGAGAGACAGUUAACAGACAUAAAGGAAAAAAUAAAUCAGUUUAGUGAAGAAAUUAGACAACUUGACAUGGAUUUAGAGGAACACCAAGGUGAAAUGAAUCAAAAAUACAAGGAGCUUAAAAAAAGGGAGGAAAAUAUGGAUGCUUUUAUAGAGACUUUUGAGGAGACAAAGAAUCAGGAACUAGAACGGAAAGGACAGCUAGAAGCCAGCAUCGUCACACUGCUGGAGCACUGCAGUCGGAAUAUAAAUCGCAUGAAACAGAUAUCCUCCAUCACCAACCAGGAGCUGAAGAUGAUGCAGGAUGACCUCAGCUUCAAGUCAACUGAAAUGCAGAAGUCACAGACGACAGCUAGGAAUUUGACCUCAGAUAGUCAGCGUCUACAGCUGGAUUUACAGAAAAUGGAACUUCUGGAAAGUAAGAUGACAGAAGAACAGCAGUCUCUGAAAAACAAGAUCAAGCAAAUGACUGCUGACCUGGAGACAUACAGUGACCUGGCAGCUUUAAAGUCAUCAGCCGAGGAAAAGAAGAAGAAAUUACAUCAAGAAAGAAUAGUAUUAUCAACCCACAGAAAUGCCUUUAAGAAAAUAAUGGAGAAACUGACUACAGAUUAUGAGACACUGAAAACACAACUGCAAGAAAAUGAGACACACGCUCAGCUUACAAAUUUGGAGAGGAAGUGGCAGCACCUCGAGCAGAACAAUUUUGUGAUGAAAGAGUUCAUAGCAACCAAGAGUCAAGAGAGUGAUUACCAGCCAGUUAUUAAGAAUGUGAUGAAACAGAUUGCAGACUACAAUAAAACCAUCAUGGAUGCUCUCCAUAAUGCCAGCAGAAGCUGAGACUGAGUUAAUUGCAUCUAGAAGCAUCCUCAAGCAUGCUAAGAGGAAAUUAAUGUCCCUUUGAAGAGUUUAAAGGUUUUGAAUGUGUUGGUUUUGUGAUCUCCUUGAAGGAGAGAUAUCUUGCAUAGUUAAAUAAUUCAAUAAAAUGUUUGCCUAUAAAAAGCUGUUACUUCCUUUUCCUGUGAUUGUGUCUAUCUAUAGUAACCACAGCUAUGCCCUCUAUUACUUGGAUACAUUUAUGCCUUGAUUGAUAUAAAACAUUAUGUAAAAAGCAUCCUCCUUUUGUUUUGAUAAGCAACUUCUCAGUAUUCCUAAAACACAUUUGUAUUGGUGUUUCCU